AGCGAUACGGACUGGUGUUCUUCCGGCAGCAGGAGGACCAGGAGAAGGCCCUGAACGCCUCCAAAGGGAAGCUGUUUUUCGGCAUGCAGAUUGAAAUGACGGCUUGGAUAGGGCCAGAAACCGAAAGCGAGAAUGAAUUCCGGCCACCGGAUGAAAGGAUCGACGAGUUUCAUCCUAAAGCGACUAGAACUCUCUUCAUUGGCAACCUUGAAAAAACCACCACAUGUGAUGAGCUUUGUAACAUUUUCCAGCGUUUUGGAGGAAUAGUAGAUAUCGACAUGAAGAGAGUGAACGGGAUUCCUCAGUAUGCCUUCCUGCAGUUUUCCGAUAUUGCCAGUGUCUGCAAAGCCAUCAAAAAGAUGGAUGGAGAAUAUCUUGGAAACAAUCGCCUCAAGCUGGGCUUUGGAAAGAGCAUGCCUACCAACUGCGUGUGGCUGGACGGACUAGCGACAAGCCUCACGGAUCAGUAUUUGACGCGACAUUUUUGCCGCUACGGCCCAGUGGUGAAGGUAGGUGAGCCAUUCUUCUGUUGCAUGAGUUUGCGCCUCUUUCUUUCUCUCUUUCUCUUUUUUUCUCUUUCUCUUUCUCUCUCCCACUCUUUCACUCGUCUCCGAAGUGAAGCAUGCGGGGAGUCACAAUUGGGUAUUAACAUGGCCAUUUGCCCGGAAACUGAGGUAGAAUUCGAGGCCACUCCCUCUACUCCUCCUCCUGACUCCCCAGAUUAAGCUCAGUCUUCGGCCAGAAGCUGUUUGCACAAGUUGGACUUGCUGCGCUAGUGGGGAGCUCCCGAGCCGCUGGGCGGUUGCAGGCAGGGGCUCCAGGCCGCUAUACUGUUCGAUCCCCUGCUCCAUUGGAGGGGAUCGCAGGACGCUCCGAUGGAUUAGGAAAGAGCGGCUCAAUCAGAGCCGGCUCCGGCGUUUGGACCACGCGGUCGACAGUCGCCAUUUUGGAUGGUGGCCAUCUUUGAAGACGCAUGUGGGCAGAGCACGAGGAUCAGACAUCAACUGGAGCCAGUUCCCAGUGUGUGCAUGUGCAGAGUUGCCAGACGAAGGGAACAGCUAAACAACAGGGGUCGACUUGAGAGUAAGGCGGAAAUAAACGGAGCAAAAUGGGAG